AUGGCUUUGGGAAGAGGCAGUGCAUUGGUUCUACUAGUCUGCUUUUUUGUUCUUAACUCUGAAUUCGCUCAUGCUGCUACCUUCACUGUUGGAGGUAACGGAGGUUGGACCUUUAACACUGUUGCCUGGCCUAACGGAAAACGCUUUAGAGCCGGAGACACACUAGUCUUCAACUAUAGUCCUGGAGCUCACAAUGUGGUGGCUGUGAACAAAGCAGCAUAUGACAACUGCAGCACACCAAGAGGAGCCAAAGUGUAUCGAUCAGGGAAGGAUCAGAUCAGGCUGGCUAGGGGACAAAACUAUUUCAUCUGCAAUUAUAAUGGUCACUGCCAGUCUGGGAUGAAAAUUGCCGUCAAUGCUGCCUAA